AUGAGCUCGGACUGCGGAAGUUACUACAGCAAAGAAAAGGUGUUCGUGGAGGGUUUCACGUGUCCGAAGGCGGACAGCGACACCACGGCGCUUUUCUGCUGCGGGUUCAGUGACCUGAAGUACUGCUGCGAUGACCCCAACAGCUUUUUCCCCUACGACUACGGAUACAUGUGGUGGCUGAGUGUCGGAGCUCUCAUGGGUCUCUCUGUAGCAGCUGUGGUUCUUCUUGCCUUCAUCAUCACUCUGUGUGUCCUCUGCUAUCUGUUCAUCACCACCAAACCUGGAGGUCUGGACAAUGGCCUGCCGCUCCAAGCACUGGGGACCACAGCGAGUCCACAAGGACCAGGACCGAGUCAAACCAACGCACCUGCUGAUCGUCAGGACCUCCGGAAGCUUUUCCUGAGGGGCAAGCUGGACUGUGACAACCAGCCCCCGGACCCUGACCGCCUGUUCCAGCGCUGUUUCAUGCCUACUGUGACAUCGGUCAACAUCGAGGGUCCUGCAUAGACUCACGGACUUUUACUAUACACUUUCAUUUUGAUUCUUAUAACUGUAGCAGGGAUUUCUUAGUUUUAGGUUAGCAAGUAUAAAUUAUUUGUUAUUAUAUAUGUUUGUGUAAUGUGCAUGUGUGUCUUGUGCAGUCGGACCAACACAAAACUCUCAUUGCAAACUCCCAUUAUUUGGUUUCCUGUUGCAACAAAGCAGCAUCAUAGGCGGAGUGACGGAGGGUCGGGCCCACAGUGAUUCUCCACCAUCAAAUGUUUUCAUGGUGGAGAAUCAGCAGUAAAGGCUCUUCGGAAAAUCACAGGUAUGAUACACAUCAUUUGAAAUAAAUGGUUUGGUUGGUUGUAGACUGAUGAGAUAAAUUUGUUAGAGCAGUUUCUACAUUUCUGAGGGCACCACGUUUACCCACAUGUCUUUGUCAGAUUUGCAUAAAUAUAUUCUGUGCUUAGUGAAGUGUGGAAGCUGAUGGUUACAGAGCGGAUGCAUCUCUGAUGCCCAUGUCCUGAAACAACAUCACAGAAGAAACCACAGCUUCAUGUUUGCCAUGACCGCCCUGCUCGUUUGAGGAACAUUCAGGUAACGUCAGUGUGUGUUUCUUAAUGAGUUCAUGAGCUUAUUAACAGCCUCAUUAACGUGUCUCAUUGUGUUUACUGGCCUUGUACUUAGCAGAUAGCAGAUAGCUCUGGCAGCUCGAGUGCCUCUGCAGGUGUGUUUUCCAUAGUGAUUAAAGU